AAAACUACAGGUCUACAAUUCUUCUUACAAGUUCGGUAUCUAUAUAGUUUGUGCAAGAAAAUAAAGUAACGUUUUGCUCCGCAACAAUCUUGUAGGAGAAGCUUCACUCUCUCCAAAGAGAUAAAUUUAGAAUUUAAUAUUUGAAACAAAUCAGCAACAGGUUUUAUUCAGAGUGUACUUGACUUUGGGAGGAAAUCUACAGAGACUGAUUGCACAUCAACUUAUAAAUUAGGGUUUUGGCUUGUCUUCAUAGAUCUGUUCCGUUUGUGUUGAUAACAAUUAACAACAAUGGCUCUGGUAUCUGCUGAAGACGACCAAGGUGUACACUCCUCCAUCUUCCAUCCAUUCUUUCUUAACAUAUACUGUAUGAGUUAUUUAAUGUAUAAACACACUGCAGGGGCAGUGUUGAGAGAAAGCAGGGACACCCCACCAGCACAUUACGUGCUCAAACUCAAGAAUUUUUCAGCCUUCUCUCAAAAUGGAGUUGAUCAGAUCACAUCAAACACCUUUCAAGUUGGAGACCUCCACUGGAAGAUUAAGUUGUUUCUAAAAGGAAGUAAUGGAGGCAAGGAUGAUUAUGUGUCUAUGUACCUCAUGUUGGAUGCUAGUAAGGGCGUCAAGGCCUUUUUCAAGUUCUUUCUACUCGACCAAAGUCGAGGAAAUUAUCUAGUUGUUCAAGGGAAAGCAAGUCGUUUUGACAGCUUUAAAUGUGAAUGGGGUCUUGAUAAGUUCAUCUCUUUGAAAGAUUUUGAAGAACCUACUAAUGGUUAUCUAGUGAAUGACACUUCUUUCUUUGGAGUUGAGGUUUUCAUAUGUGAAGGCUUACCUCUAGGGGAAUGUUACUCAAUAUCAUCGAAAGUUGCUAAUAUAUCCAGUAAAUACAAGUGGGUGGUUACUGAAUUUUCAGGGUUGAAGGAGCCUCAGUAUUCUGAUGAGUUUGUUGUCGGAGGUUAUAAAUGGAAGCUUUGGCUGCAUCCUGAAGGCAACAGAAAGUAUAAGGGUUAUAGUCUUUCUAUAUAUCUGGUGUAUGUGGAUUCCAAAAGUUCUACGACUGAGCACGAGGUGAAAGCUGAGUUUGAGCUAACACUUAAAGACCAGUCUAAACAGAAUCAUAAGAAGAAGAAAAGUACAACAUGGUUUGGUGCCUCUACACCAGACUGGGGGUUUUCUUCCUUCAUCGAACUGACUGAUCUUAAAGAUGAUAAAAAGGGAUAUUUAGUUGCUGAUCAAUGCACAAUUGAAGCUGAAGUUACAGUGCUUUGUGAGGGCAGUUGCAAGACUUUAAAGUGCUAAAUUUCUCUCUUUUGCUGGUGUCAAUUAGUUUACAAUUAUGUGUUUAGACUUGUUUUUGGGAGUUGUCUUUGCAAACAUGCUCAUUUCAUUUUUGAACCUUUUGGGACUUGUGCAUGCAACUGGCCAACUGAGUAUGCUGAAGGCCACGUAGAUCUAAUUGGUUCUAAUGUUAUUACAUCGCUUCUGUCUGUAAUACUAUGUACUUAAA